AUGUCGUCCAUCGGCAGCGCAAUGUCAUCGCUUGACAGCAUAAGUGAAGACUCCACCUUCGGCGUAGACCGCGAGGAUCUUCCUCCAUCAGUUCCCAGAAGAAGGGGUAGCUCUGGAAAUCAAUCUCGUGUCAUCGCAACGGCAUCCCAAGCUGUUGAAUCUCUAGAUAGUAUUAGCGAGGAAUCAUCACCACCAUCAUUGCGUGAUGAAAACGGCCAAAUGGAAAACACUCCGUCUCGGCCGAAACGAAGCCAUGGCAGCCAAAGUCGGAGCAGCAGUUCCAAAAGUGGAAGUAAGCGAAGUUCCAAAAGUACGAGACGAAGUAAUGGAAGUGGACCACAGGAGAUAAACGAAGCAGAUGGUAAUGAAGCCCAAGAGAAUGAAAUCCAGAGAGAAGCAACUGCACGAAGUAGUAGUGGUAGAAGUACAAAGUCGUCAUCGUCACAUCGGCAUUCAGGUACCAAAAGUAGCUCUGGCAACAAUGAAAGUGGGGUGAUGGAAGUGUCAAGAAGGAGUAGUAGAAGCUCAAUCUCUUCCUCACCUCGGCGAUCGAUAAGCAACAACUCCAACGAAAAUAACUUGGCGAAUGAAGGUGCCUCCUCAACUCAAGAGAACGAACACACUCUGGAAACGUCUCAAAGGAGUCGAGGAAGCUCGCACUCUUCCUCGUAUCGGCGAUCGCGUAGUGACGACUCUGAUGACUAUGAAGAAAGUCUAGCCAGAGAAGAAAGAUCACCAAGAAGGAGUAGCAGGUGCUCCUCUUCUCACCGAGGUUCUCAGCGAAGAUUGUCCAGUAGAAGCAAGUCGAGAGGCAGUGAUGGUGCUCUAUCUCAAGAGGAGGAAAAAUCACUAGAAAGUUCGAGAAGGAGAAGUAGUACGAGCUCGAGAGCAGAAUCUGAAGGUCAAACGGUUGCAGGAGAGAGAAGGCGUUGUUCUUCUAGACAUCGACGAGGCUCUUCAUCAUCCGCACCUUCCGAUUCCCCCGCCACCUCCAGAAACUCUCGAUCCAUUGCUUCCGUUUCAUCUCGGAAUAGUUAUUCAGAUUCAACAAAUCAUUUAUCAAGAAGCAUGAUUGAUCGAAUGGGGCGGGAGCACGAAUCCCGCGAUAGCGAAGCCAACGGUCCUUUGGAACCUGUUCUUUCGGAAGAUGAGGGAUCUGAUGAAGAGCAACCGGGAGCUUACAGAAUCAGCAUCCACUCGAGAAGUCGCAUCUCCUCGUUGGCUUCUUCAGUAGUAUCCCUUAUUUCUGGGUCAACAAUUGUUAGUGGACAAUCAUUUGUCACUAACGGAAACGAAACGAUGACCGAAUCGACUCGCUCAUCGUCCAGUCGGUUCUCAUACACCAGACCCGCAUCGACCAGUGCCAUGGUCCGAGCAGAAGUUGCACCAAAUCGUGCCGACGAGAUUGAAGCUGCCAGAAAUCGAGGACGCGUCGAGGCUCUGACAGAGGUUAGAAAUCGCGACACUUCCAUCGUUGUUGCCGUUGCACAGCCAAGCCGAUCUUCCAAGGAGGAUCGAAAGCCAUCAAGAAGAAGAAGAGUGUGCAUGAUCUUCGCCGUCCUGCUUCUCGUUAUCGGUUGUCCCGUAGCCUAUUUUGCCCUACCUUCUACAAAUGAGCCACAACAGGACAACAGUCCAGCAGUCAAGGACGGAGGUUCGGGACUGAUAGCUAACGUCACCUUUAGUCCUCCUUCUUCGGAGGAUUGUGAAUCGAUCGCAAAUGGCACAGCUGUAUUGAAUCAGGCAGAAAUGUUCACACAUUAUGUUGAUAUGCAGAUCGAUUUGGUUUCUGCCGGUAAGGAAGACGCUACCAUGCUGGUAGCUGAGUUGAUGAAGCAAAUUCAACUGGUUAUUUUGCCGUUGCUGGUGGGGUGCGACAGCUAUGCCAAGACUGGAAGUAUCAUUGGGAACGGAAUAGUUGAUUCAAACUCGACGACUACCUGCAUUUCACAGCAAAACCCAAAUUGUGUCGGCGUUUUCGUAACUCUGAAGCUGUCCUUGCGACAAGAAGACGAUGGUACCGUUGUAGUGGAAACUAUGAGCGAGAUUCUGAUGGAACAAGACUUGUCAAAGACCCUCGGACUGCCGUCUACUGUCCAGACUGCAAGUGUUUCCUUGAUAAUGCCGAAGAAUGUCACUGAUGUUCCAAUAUACCAACCAUCUUCGUUUCCAAGCUUGGUCAUAAUUGACGAUCCCUUUACAAUUCCUGCACCAUCAGAUGGACUGGCACCAGUGCCAACAGGUCAACCUUUGAUUUCGUAUACUCCUCAGCCCACAGUUUCUCCAACAUGGAAACCAGUUGCUGGUUCAUCACCGGAACCGACACCGGAACCGACAUCGCAACCCACGCCUCGUCCAUCUCCUGAGCCGACUCCUGGACCGACCCCUCGACCGACAUCAAGUCCUGUAGUGGGGCCCACGCCAGGACCAACCCCUGUACCUUCACUGGCAGCAACACCUGUACCUUCAAAUUCUCCAUCAUUGGGUCCAACACCAGCUCCAACACCUCCGCCAUCACCUGGCCCGACACGCUCUCCCACACUCGAGCCAACGGCGGAACCAUCAACAUCACCGUCACGUUCACCAACCUCUGAACCAACGAAGGCGCCUUCAACAUCGCCAACACAUGAGCCAAGCGAACAACCGUCUUUGUCACCAUCUGCUACCCCAACAGACUUGCCAUCUUCGAAUCCAACUGCAAUGGCUUCCCAGUAUUAUGCUGUCUGUGGGCGUAAUAACUUUUGCAAUGACAUCAAUGGCACUUCGAUUGUCUUGGCGCGUGAGGCAACUAUGGAUUUAAUAGACCGAGAACUAGUGGUUCGAUGCUGUUCUGAUGUACCUUAUGCCAACAUGGUAGAAAGACCUGAAGGUGUGGGAUGCCCUUAUAUCACGACUAAUGUAGGUGGAAGCUGUAAGCGCGGGAAAACUUGGGAAGAUGCAAACCAAAUCUGCCGUGAGAACAACGCCCGAUUAUGUACACGAGAAGAGAUGGAAUUUGGAUGCGGCUACAAUACUGGAUGUAAUGCCGGUGAUCGGUACUUGUGGUCCAGCACCCGUGCCUAG